AUGCCCGUCGAGGUCGCCCUCUUCAUUAUCAAGAACACUGCCGACAUAGCGAGACUUGCCAUCGGCGGACAGAAGCUUACCCGAGCUGGCGGGUUACAAGUCCGGCAUUGGGUUGGGUUUUGUGUGCUGGCCGUUGAUGCCUCCAUAUUCUGGUCGCAUAGGGUCAUUGCAGAGGAUGUGUUUGCCACGCGCCUGAGCUUUCGGGAUACCCGAGCCUUCCCAAGGGCAUCCCCGGAAGUAAACAGAAAGAUCGUGUACACCCACGAAGACGGAACGAUAUCGCCAUAUCUUGAGCUCCCGUUCCGAGCUGACCUUCUCCGCAACACCCACCACGAGUUCGGCCACAUUGGCUUCCCGGGCCUUAACAGUGUCGUCCGUCCUCGUGGCUAG